CAUUUAGUAACUUAUCAUAAUGUGAUCGAAUUAUAUAGUUUCGAGCAUUUUUCAUGUGGCCGCGUUGCCACUAAACGUUUUUAACCGACUUCAAAAAGGAGGUUAUUAUAAAAUGUCAAAUGUAAAGGUGGAAUCAGGAGAUGAGACAAAGGGGGUAGACUUGGAUAGGAUUCUAGUGGAGGAGGUGGGACAGUUCGGGAGAUAUCAGAUCGUGACCCUCCUUUUAGCUGCACUUCCUGUUAUUUUCUCAGCGUUCGCGUCUGGAGAAUAUAUUUUUACGACUGCGAGGAUUUCUACAAGAUGCUUAAUCCCACAAUGCGACGGUCCCAACCCUGUGUACGCCCCCGAUUGGGUCCUCAACGCUAUACCGGGCACCAGCACGUCCAGCUUCGACAACUGCGCGCGCUUCUCCAACAGCAGCCAAACCGCAGACGCAUCCGGCGUCUGUCCUGCUGCAUGGUUUGAUAACUCUCGCACUGAAGAGUGCCAGGCAUAUGUCUACCAGAAUACGGACAGUGUGGUUUAUGAUUUCGACCUCGCGUGCGACGAAUGGAAGCGUUCUCAAAUCGGUUCCAUCCGUACCAUUGGUACAUUGCUGGUGCUUCCAAUUACGGGCUACAUCUCCGACCGCUGGGGGCGCCGUGUCGCGCUCACCAUCAACGCCUUCAAUACCGGCUGGAUCGGACUUGUCCGUUCCUUCGUUAACUCCUACGAGUGGUUCCUUGCCCUUGAAGUUAUUGAAUCCUCUGUUGGUGCGGGCGCUUAUUCCUCUUGUUAUAUUUUAGUAACGGAGCUCGUAGGACCUAAAUACAGAGUGGUAGCAGGUGCUACAAUGUCGACGAUGUUUGCUCUCGGUCAAGUAAUACUCGGAUUCAUUGCUUGGGGAGUACAUCCCUGGAGAACUCUCACGCAGGUGCUGUACGCGCCGCAACUUCUCGUCGUGUCCUAUUUCUGGAUCCUCUCAGAAUCCGUCCGUUGGCUCAUGUCGAAAGGAAGAUACGACGAAUCCGAGGCGAUCCUCAAGAAAGUGGCCAAAAGAAACAAGAGAGAAAUUUCAGAGAAAUCAUUGGAAAGUCUAAGAGCCUCAGCCGAGGCGGAGAAAUUAAUCGAAAAACCUAAGGAGCCUUGGUUGCCGAUAUUAGUUUUAAAGUCGCGUGUUAUAUUAUCAAGAUGUAUUGUGUCUCCAGUGUGGUGGGUGACCAACACUUUCGUGUACUACGGCAUGUCUAUAAACGCGGUCAACCUGUCUGGCAACCGGUACCUCAAUUACGUAGCUGUAACUGCGGUAGAGAUCCCCGGCUAUUGGGCGGCUAUUCUUCUGCUUGACCGGAUAGGAAGGAAGCCGGUACUCAUUACAGGAUAUUGGCUGUGCGCUGCUUGCCAGUUCGGAUUCGCCUUCAUACCGGGUGAUAACGAAGGUUUAUCGAUGGCGCUGUACCUAAUCGGCAAGUUCAGUAUCGCGAUGGUGAUGACUUCAGUGUACGUGUACACGAUGGAGAUCUACCCCACAAAGUACCGGCACAGCCUGCUCGCCUUCUCCUCCAUGGUGGGUCGCCUCGGAUCCAUCACGGCGCCACUUACCCCAGCUCUGGCAUUGGAGGUGUGGGAGAGUUUGCCUUCCGUGCUGUUUGGUACAUUCGCACUGAUCUCCGGGUGUCUGAUCUUUACGACGCCGGAAACGCUAGGCACAAAGAUGCCCGACACUAUGGAGGAAGCUGAGCAGCUCAGCAAGAAGAAAGCCAAAACAGAUCUUUAGAUGAUAUAAAUAAACUUAGAUUUUAAUUUA